GUUAAGUGGCGGGGGAUCGAUGUCGCCGUCUGCCGUCCAGUCCAAAGAGUAUAAUUCUGUCAGGGAUUCCGUGCACCGAAAACUACCGACCACGUGGUUUAUUAAGUUGUCAAGUGCGCCGAAGGUACCUUCCAGCUGCCUUGUCACUUUGCUUGAAGCUUAUCCAACAUGACUAGAUUUACCCGAGCUAAGGGCUCCAAAGCAUCCAAUGAACGUGUGCCUGAUGAGGCUACGCCAUGGAGUAUAAUGAAAAUGCAGCUCGAAGACAGUCAAACUGCAUCUAAGACUGUCAUGAAAAAGCCAAAAAAUGCUACUGAGUUACUCGCAGAAAAGGAUGACCUAUUUUAUUGUAAUACUUCUGGGAAUGUGAAUCAUGAAUGGGCAGCAUUUGACAAUGUUCCAGAGCUACAAUCCAAGAAAAAUAAAAUUGAUAAAUUACACAAUAUUGAGGGCAGCAAAAAGAAUAAAAAGAAAAAUCAGAAGUCUGUCAAGGUACAGGGCUCAAAUGAUGACUCUUGUAACAAGCAAGUGCUCGCAGUUUCUGUGAAAGUAAACAACAAAAAGCAGAGUGUCAUUCAAGAUACUGGUGAUGAGGUCGAAAAUUCUAGUACUACUGGUCAAGUUCAACCAAAAUCAGCUAAGAAAAAAAAGCUCGAUGUAAAUGGACUGGAAACAGAAAUGGCUGCAAAGAUAACUGAUGUGCCAAAAAGUUCAGACAUAAGGAACAAAGCUGUCAUCGAUUCAAGCCCUAGUGAUGCUCUGCUAGAGGCCAAGUCUAAUUCUGUUGUGGUAGAAGAACGGUGUUCGAAAAUUAAACAACACAAGGAAUGGAAAAAUAAAUCGAAGAAAGCAAACCCUAAUGCAGAUAUUGGUCAAGUGGCAAUCGAUCUGUUGCAGCAACAUCAGAAAGCUGAGUUAUCGAACGGUGAUUGUGCAGUGGAAGAUAGUAUUACUAAAGCUCAGGUAGGACAUUUCGAAAAGUUAAGUAAACGCCAAAAACGGAAUAAAAAAAAGCAGAAUAAAACAACUAACACGAACCUUGAAAAUCAAAGUCAAGUUACUACUACAGACACCCAGAAGAAUCAUAGUUCUGAAGGCUUUGAUGUACAAGGAAAUGAAUGGAGUAAUCAGGUAAAAUUUGGAAGACAAGCAGCCCGUCAUUUGCACGGGCUUACAUCUACCCAAAGUGGUAAUCAAAUUGACCAACGUAACAAUUCCAUUGAAAAAAAUAAAGCAUUUAGUGGAAAAAAAGGUAAUUUAGAAACACAAGCUAAUAGUAGUACUGAGGCUCACACUGAGAAUUUAGUUUCUGAUAAUUCAAAGAAGGUUAAUGACAAUAAUUCUCAGAGCCAAAAGGCUCAAAAAAGAAAAAAAGGCAAAAAUGAGAAAGGGGAAUAUAAGAGACGCAAACCUGAUGAAGGUGUUGUCAACAUGAUGAUUAAUGGCAAUGAAGUUCAAGUUGUUAAGUACGAUGGAUUCCCUGUAAAAAAAGAAGAUGCAGACCGCCUGGAGGAACUUAAAAAAAACAUGAUUAUCAAAGGUAUUCCUCGCUCGGACAUAAAUAUCGCAAUGAAGUUGGAAAGGCGUAAAGCAGAAAAAGCCCUGGCACGUGAACGAAAGCGAGUCUGUUUUCACUGUCGUAAAUCAGGCCAUAAUCUUUCAGAUUGCCCUGAGCUCGGUCGUGACGAAGCUGGUACUGGAAUCUGUUUUAAAUGUGGAUCUGCAGAACACACUCAUUUUGAAUGUAGAGUAGUUAAAGGCCAAGAAUUUAGACACGCAAGCUGUUUCAUUUGUCGAGAACAAGGGCAUAUCGCUAAACAAUGUCCAGAUAACCCUAAGGGAUUGUACCCUCAAGGAGGCAGUUGCAUGAUAUGCGGCGAUGUGACACAUUUGAAAAAAGACUGUCCAGAUCUUAUCAAGGAAAAAGAAGAAGCCAAUAUUACUGCUGAUAAAAUUACGAACAGUCAAAUAGAAUCGUUACAUGAAGAUAAUACUAAAGAGGAAAAAGCCGAUGAUCAGAGUAAGGCCAGAAAUAAAAUCAUCAAAUUUUAAUGUAAAUAUAUAAUC